GUUCUCGCUCACUCUUUUACAGUAUGGUGUGAACCUCUAUACGAUUUCUUCUACUUCCGUCAAUGGGAGGCAGUCGUGCUCUCGAUCUGCAUAGUACCUUUGAGUAGGGUAAUUACAGUAUGCUGGAAGAACAUAGCUCCAUCAAACGCCAAGGUCUGGGUCCUGGUUGCCAUCAUUCCCAAUAUUCUACCGCUGCUGAUUGGCAUGAUUGGCAGUUCGUUGGGUGUGACAAACAGCAGCGAAGUGUAUGCAUUUCCACGAUUAGCAAUUAAAUCGUAUGUUUAA